GAAAAAAGCAUACUAAUGCAGAAAUAAAGGUACGAAUAGAAAGUAAAGAACACAUUGAUGCAACAUAAACAGAGGAUGCAGUGAAGAAAAUGUGCAGUGAAUAACUACUACAAUGAACUAGUUUUAACAUUAUUGUGAUUAUUGCAGUUUACUCCACUGCAAAAGAAAUGCAGUGAAUUACUACAAUGAACUAAUUUCCAUAUUACUGUGAUUAUUGCAUUUUAUUCAACUACAAAAAAGAUGCAAUAUCCUACAAAUCGCUUCUUCUGAAAUCAUUUGUUCUCUAGUCAUUCAUUGAAGUUUUCUGAAAAAAUCAUUCAUUUUAACCAUGUCGGGUUCAAAGAAUGAAAUCGAAACAAAAGAACAGAUUUUGAAACCCAGCACUCCUCUGAAGAAAAAUGACAACAGUAUUCAAUAUGGAGGAAUGUCAGGUGAUGACGUUCCUCUGCUUACAGACGCUUUCCCAAAACGCAGCAAAUUUUCGAAAUUUUGGGAACUCGUUUGCAGCCUGACAAUAGAGCCUGUCAUAUUCAGCUUUCUUUUUGCGUUUGUCAUGAACGCUACGGUCUUAUCAAACAUGAUUAUGGACAAAGGCUGUCUGUACUACUUCAACUACUCCCGGGAAAUAUGUCAGAAUUUAAGUGGCCACCCCACUGAGAAAGACAAUGUCGAAAUAUUAGCCAAUAACUACUCUCUUUACAACAGUCUGACGGGCCUCAUUGGUGCUUUUGCAAUGAUAUUCAUAGCGCCGUACAGUGACAAAUACGGAAGGAAGACCCCUUUGAUUUUGGCUGUCCUUGGUGUCCUCGUAUCCGACAUUGGUUACAUGCUGUGUACUUACCACUACGAAUCACCCCUAGAGUAUUUGAUAAUUGCUCGCAUUCCUGGUGAAAUGUUUGGAGGAUUCAUCUGCAUCUUGACCGAAGUUUUCAGCCAUGCUUCAGAAGUGUCAACCGAAGAGACCAGAACGCUCAAGUACACUUGCAUCGAAAUAGCUCUCGGUUUGGGACUAGCUUUUGGAAGCCUGGCUGGUGGUCUUCUGUAUCAGUACUAUGGUUAUUUUUACGUCUAUAUUGCAUCGGCGGCAAUGCACCUUUUCUGUGCUCCGUGGACGCUUUUCAUGGUUCAAGAAACGACUGGUUUGGGGAUCAACGCAUCGGUGAAGGAGAAGUUUCGAGAUUUUUUCAAAUGUGAGAGAAUCAUGAGUAGUGUUUCAGCUGUGUUCAAAAAACGAAAAGGGCACGACCGGGCUUUGCUGCUGAUGAUAUUAGCUACCAUGUGCUGCUAUGUUAUCACUAUGGAAGCAUACUCAAGCAUUGGAUAUGUAUAUGUACAUCAUAUAUUUAACUGGGACCCGAGUAUAUACAGUAAAGUGAACACAAUAGCUACUCUUUGUAACCUGGCAUUCACUAUUCUUUGUGUUCCAAUUCUUGUCGGAGUCUUCAAGGCAAAAGAUAGUGUUCUUGGAAUCAUUGGAACCGUGUCCAUGAUGUUGAAGAAUCUCUUCACCGCAUUUGCACGAGAGGGUCAUGUGUACAUUUAUUACAUAGGUCUACUUUCUGGGUUCUUGCUAACACUUCCAUCUUUAUCAAUGCGCUCUUUGAUAUCUAAAGUUGUUGGUAAAGAUGAACUAGGUCAAGUGUUUGCAUUCCUUGCGACUUGCGAAUCUGUUGUUCCUACUCUGGGUACUACAGCUAUUACAAAAAUAUUCAAUGCAACCAUGGAUGUUUAUCCCAGUGUCAGCUAUUUGACGGCAGUGGGCCUCAUGUUUGUGCCAUUACUGACUUUAUGUGAGUGA